AUGUUGCUACGACAAUCUUUCCGCCAGGCACCCCGUGCCAUGGGUAUUUUCUCACCAGGCCGAUCUGCCCCUAGCAAGCGGACGUUGACCACCACUCCCAUCCGGCUUGACUCGUCACCACAACAGCCAAGUUCCUACCGGGAAGGGAUGGCGAGAUAUAAGACCUUUACACGCCCCUUCGGCAAGGUCUUCUUGGGUGCCGUGCUCGUUUACCAGGUGAUCUACUGGUCCUGGCUGAAGCUUGAGAUGGAUGAGUCCAAGCUGGAGAAGAAUGAAGAAAUGUCCGCCUUGGAGAAAAAGGCCCGGGAGCUAGCUGGCUCCAAGAAAUGA